AUGAAGCAAUCAGUGGACAAGAUCUGGCAAUUUCUCCAGCGAUCAAGGAAUCAAUCGCUAGAUGCCUCCGACGGCCAAUCUGAAACCAGCUUCGACCAGAGUGCCGGCAGCUGCUUCCCAAGGUCGAGAGAACAGCUUGAAAGCUUAGAUUAUCCGCCACUCCCUACAACUCAAGAUGGAAUUAUCAAAUCUGCACCAAUCAUGAUUGUCAGAAAGUUCCGGUCCAGCACGCGGAGACUCUACAAGGAUCCUGGCAGAGAUAUCAUCAACCAGCACAUUCUGAGUGAAGAUGUUGCUAUUAAACUAGUUGCCGAGUUCAUUAAGCGUCUGGGGCACGUCAUACAGAUCAGGUCCGUUGCAGAUCUCACAUCUGCCCCGAACAUCAGACAAGCAUCUCCACUACUUUACGCUGUAUGUUGCCUACACGGAUUACGGUUUUGCAAAGACCCCGAUUUGGUAAACACAAGUGUCCAUCGCCAGUUGUACGAGGAGGUUCGAGACAUGCUUGGUCAGGUCGUGCUGGCGAGCCCUAUCCCGUUUGAGGAGCUGUAUGCCGUGCUGAUCAUGAGUAUAUUUGAAGCAGCACCCAGACCCGUCUUUGAAUAUAUUGAAAGCUGGCUGCUCAGUGGCAUCUGUGCCCAGCAAGCAAUAUCUACUAUCGACUUCGCCGAGAUCAUGACCAAUCUGAGGCGAGGAAGACAUAAAAGUACGGAUAAACGAUCACUUUCGUUGUGGAACAAUAUUUGUCUUGUCAAUUUGAGAUUUGCCGUUGGCACGGGGAAGCCUACGACAAUCCCUUCAGAACUAUUGGAUCAAUGUCCAGCCAUUCUCAACCACCCCGAAGCCACCCUCGACGAUGGGAUAGUGUUAGCCGAGAUUCUUCUCUUCUCCGCAUUGUGCAACAAGCAUUUUCCUCCUUCACUCGAUAGGGAUGGGAAUUGCCCCGAACUGACUGCAUGGGAAAAAAGGUGGAAGCAUCUGCUAUUAUCAGAAAAAACAGUCUCCCUUAGGUUCUGUCGGGAAUUUGCGUAUCUUGUGCUGGCCAUGCGUUCCGUGGACAAAUACCGCACGGAAGCUCUCGACCAGUCGAUCAUUCGACCAGACCAGACGUCUGCAUCGGGCACAGUUCCGCCAUCUGGCGGUCAUAUCAGCGACAACCGUGCCCGCCUCAACUUCCUCUAUGAUUCCUCUCAAGCAUAUGCCCAUGAUCAUGCGCUUCUUCUGGCCAAGACUUUCCUGGAAAUGCCCACCGCUCUAGUGCAGGAACUACCAAAAUUCCACCACAUCUGCAUUGCCUACUGCACUCUUGUGCUCUCUGAAUUCAUCGACAAGGCUCACUUUCCACGCGAACCGAUUUUCGAGACUCUCAACGAUGUGGUCGCUCAUUAUCAUCAGUUUUCUGAGGAGAUCCCCGCCGUCAUGAAUGUCGCCAUAGAGAAAGUGAAGCUCAGCCUCAACCGAGAUUUCGCUUUCGAGCGGAAAAGACAGAGUCAAAUAGAUGACCAGGACCCGAGUCACGAUGAAUCUACCUCGAAACGCCUGCACAUACAGCCAAUAAACGCAUCCGCGGAUGCACACCGACUCGAUGCAAAUCCGUCAGCAAACAGUGUCGAAGUCGGCCGCGACUUUGUCAUGGAAGAAUUUGAUCCUGAGACGGACCUAUUCUCGUUUCCAACUGUCGAAGACUUUUUCGGAAAUUGGAUGCUUGAUUUUGGUGGGGAGUAUCCUGAUCACCCGAUUCAAGGUUGA